CACGAACAGUGGUAAAAAUGGCGACUGAUGACUCCCGAUUAAUUAAAGGGUGGCGGAUCGCAGCAUAUAAGAGAUAAUGGCAUUACCACCCACAGUACAGAUCUGAGAUUGUCAUCUAACCUGCAAACACACUGUCAGAAACCAACCAACUGGCCAUCUACAGCAAUGUCUAGUCGGCGGGUGGACAUCAACACUGCCCAGGUAGAGGAGUUGGCUACCUUGCUGGGCGUGGGCAGAGCGCGGGCAGAGGCCAUUGUUGAGAGAAGACAGAACAUUAAUGGAUUCCGUAGUGUUCUGGACUUAACAACUGUCCCUGGCAUUGGCAAUGGUGUGGUAGACCAAAACAGUAACAUGCUGACCUGCGGUACAUACUGCAGCCACACUUCAUCAGCUUCAUCAUCACAGUAUCACAGGCAUGCUCCAGCAUCAAGCACAAGCCCCCAGAUGGAAACCAGGGCUGGCACAAGUGUGUCCAGGGGGGCAAGCAGUGGCGGACACAAACGGGGUACAGGGGACAGGAACCAUGGCUGCAACAAGCUCACAGUUGGCCGCCUGAAACCCAGUGCCAGUGCCUUUGGCACUGCCAAUGUUCGCAGACCGAGUAGUGGGAGGAAAGCAACACCUCCCAAAGGAAGGACUAGCACCCUUCGGUCUAUUCUGGCAACAUCCAAGACCGCUGGUGCUGGAAACCAGAGCAGACAUGCUCGGCUUGGCAGGCGAGCUUCAGCCACUUUGCAUCGAUUCUCCAAGUCACCUACUACAUCCAGAGUAACCAAGAAAAGCAAACAAGCAGUGGACGUUCAGGAAGAAAGUGACCAGAGGUCGAGGGUAUCAUUACGAGAUUCGAGCAGUAGGGCUUCGACUUCUUCAUCAGCUGCCUACUCAGAAGCCAACUUAGGGAUUAAAUCUUGUGUUAAGCGCAAGUCAUCCACAAUAGCUGAUGAGAUGAAUCUAAAAGGCAACACCUCCCCCUCCAAGAAACUUUGCAGGGCCCACGAUGCUCUCAAUCAUAGGCGUUUACCCACCUCCACAUCAGUCCUGCCAGCUAGCAGUACAUGUAGUCGACACAAAUUCAGUUCAUCUAGAGUGACGCCAUAUCAACAAGACAAUGUAGAAGCACCCAGAAGACGUUUGUCCUCUAGGCUACAGCUGCCCUCCAACCUCAAUGAAUGGCUAAAAACCUUCCAGAACUGGAAUCUACCUGAGCAGCGAUUGGCCUUAGAUGAGUUGAUCAACCACUGUGAGCCAACACUGGUCAGGCAUGUUAUGUCCAUCAUUGAACCUCAGUUCCAGAGGGAUUUCAUCUCACUGCUACCUCGAGAGCUUGCUCUGUAUGUGCUAUCAUUUCUUGAACCCCGCGACCUCCUACGUGCCGCCCAGACUUGCCACUACUGGAGAAUCCUGUGUGAGGACAACCUUCUGUGGAAGGAGAAGUGCCGUGAGGCCUGCAUUGAUGAAGUCAAUGGCAAACAGACCCGGCGCCGGUCCAAUUCUGGGGUGCCACGCAGUCCUUGGAAGAGCAUGUACCUGAGGCAGCACCAGAUUGAGUAUAAUUGGAGGUUUGCAGACAUCAGGCACCCAAAGGUUUUGAAAGGUCAUGAUGACCAUGUGAUCACCUGUUUACAAUUCAACGGUCAACGAAUUGUCAGUGGAUCUGAUGACAACACGCUGAAAGUAUGGUCAGCCAUGACCGGUAAGUGUCUGAGAACACUGGUAGGCCAUACAGGCGGUGUCUGGUCCUCUCAGAUGUCCAACAACAUCAUUAUCAGUGGAUCGACAGACCGGACCCUUAAAGUGUGGAAUGCGGAUACAGGCCAGUGUCUACAUACGCUUUACGGACACACCUCUACUGUCAGAUGCAUGCAUCUUCAUGGCAGCAAGGUUGUAAGUGGUUCCAGGGAUGCGACUCUCCGAGUGUGGGACAUCGAGACUGGCCAGUGCCUGCAUGUGCUUAUGGGUCAUGUGGCUGCCGUCCGCUGUGUUCAGUACGAUGGCAGGCGGGUUGUCAGUGGAGCCUAUGACUAUACCGUUAAAGUCUGGAACCCUGACAAUGAGGAAUGCUUACACACACUGCAGGGACACACAAACAGGGUCUAUUCACUACAGUUUGAUGGUGUGCACAUCGUGAGCGGUUCCUUGGACACCUCCAUCCGGGUCUGGGAUGCAGAGACUGGGGAGUGCAAACACACCCUGAUGGGCCAUCAGUCACUGACCAGUGGCAUGGAGCUCAAGGACAACAUCCUGGUCUCGGGUAAUGCUGAUUCCACAGUCAAGAUUUGGGACAUCACCAGUGGUCAGUGUCUGCAGACACUGCAAGGACCAAACAAACACCAAAGUGCAGUCACUUGCCUGCAGUUCAGCAAGAAGUUUGUCAUCACCAGUUCUGACGACGGUACUGUUAAGCUUUGGGACCUGCACACAGGCGAGUUCAUUCGCAACUUGGUCACCCUGGAAAGUGGGGGUAGUGGAGGCGUUGUCUGGCGUGUCCGAGCCAACCAGACCAAGCUGGUGUGUGCAGUAGGUAGCCGCAAUGGCACAGAGGACACUAAACUAUUGGUGCUAGACUUUGAUGUGGAAGCGCAGAAACUAUGACAGCUCCUAGGUUGAAACUGCUUGAAGAUACCCCAGAAGUCAUAAUUGAAACAGCUGAAUCCAGAUUCCUUCAGCAUUGACUAACUGGAUUGCCAGCCAGUGAGGUUUAAAUCACUGUGGCAAGUUUGACAUGUUCUCAGCUGGAUGCAGCACGUAUUUGCUAAUAGUUAUUCAUACUCUGUGCCUGUCUGAGAAUUAUGCAGUGGAGAAAAGGUUAUACUCGGUGUGCUUCGGUGUCCAAGCAUGCAAAUCCCAGUCAGCUUGGAAGCCACUCGUGCUGUGAUGCCUCAUAAUGAGGAUUCUGACAUACCAAAGGAUAGAUGUGGCAUCUUUUCAACAUCAGGCCUAAUUUCCAUUUGAAUCAUGGCUUUGGAAAGUCAAUAUAAGUUUAUACUUCACAACUAUACAUCCAGUACCCAGACCUACUUGUAGAAUUACACAGUAUAGCAACAGAUAUCAGCAUAGUUUUCUUCAACCAAAGUGUUGACUGAUCACACACUGAAAUGUGUAAAAACAGCUCUCCCUUCAAUUGGACACCUUGGUUAAGGUUAAAGGAAAGACUUCCAUUAUAUUCACUGACACUGUGCAUCAUACAAUGCAGUGUAGAGGGUGGUAUUGAGGACUUAGCAGUGUUGAUGAAUGGUCUGUUCAACUGUUGUAGUCCCUCCCAGCUGUCACCCAUUCAUGAAACUUGUAGAUGAACUUGCAUCUCCUGUUACAGUUGGUCUGGAACCCAACCUUGUGCAUUUUUCUUGUAAAGCUGCCUCAGAUCUAUUUGGGACACUGGCUCAAUCCAGAUAUCCAAAUUGGGAGAUCAGGUUGCUAGUUAUGGUGUGUGAACCUUUUAGGACUGGAUCCAUUGUAAUCCAAGAGAAUAUUGCAAAAUUACUUCAGAAUUUAGGUGGCUUGUGUUUACUUGUUUACCUUCCUAUGCAAAGAUGCAUUCUUGAUAAAGUUGUCCUAUCAGUCAAAAUCAGGCAAAUGACCACAAUGUGUUUGUUUAUUGUGGCCAAUCAAGUGGAAGGAUUACAGCAAAAGGAGGGUCUAUACUCUGUUACCACAUCCAGCUACUUAAUGUUUCUCAUUGUUGUCUUAAAAUCCUGUAUCUCAAUGGGCUGCGAUAGCUCACAACUAGUUGGAGACACAAACUUGCGAGAAAAUCCACAAAUCUAGUGACAAUUUUCACUUGGACUCACACUGAUUUGGUGCUUACGACACAUUUGUGUAUGUCGCACAAAUAUUGCACAAAUGUUGCACGAGCUCUGCGUAAAAUUUCAGCCAGAAUUUGCCUGGAGUUCGCAUACAUGUCCUGCAACUGUCACAUGACAUUCGCACGACAUUUGCACGACAAAAUUGUGAAUAGUUUACACUUGCAUCUGUCCCGCGACAGUCCUGUGAAUGCUAAGGUUUUGUCUUUGCACCCAUUUGAAAGCCACAGAAUUUGGUACAGUUGAAAUGAGAACUUUGCUUAGUGCAACAGAAUGUAACAAUGGAUUCUGUACAGGGUACCAUGCACAGAUUUGACAGCAACUUUGGCAGCAUGUGUUUUGUAGAGUUUCAUUUUGGUAAUCUGUCCAGGGGCUUUGCCAGGGAAAUGCCGCAUACACUAAGUCAUUAUGUGAACUAAAUGACUUCACAAAUCAUGAACAGCCUUCCAAAAUAUUAGCAGGCGUCUGUAACAGUUUCUGCAUCUUUUGAACGAGGUAUAACAAGUGUGCACUGUGCAGUGGUUGCUCUAAAGAGAAGCAUUAGUACAAAAUUGUAUUUUGUAUACAAACUGCACAUAAUAUGGUACAUGCGCCUUACACAUUUGCUUGUCUGUGAAGGUUGGCACAGCCUUGCUUAUGGAAGUCACAAUCCGUCCAAGUGCUGCCAUUUCUUCAAUAUGCAACAAAUCUGUUUCUUGCAGUUGCAGUCUCACUGGUCUAGCAACCCAAAGCAGUACAGCAUACGUCUAUUACGCAUUUUUCUUUAAGUCUUGAUUUCUUUUACAUGAUAUUUUAUUUCAUACAGUUAACCAUGUUUGGGUGGGAAAUGUAUUGCACUAUUUGUUUUCAUUUUGGUCUUGUUUUAUUUUGAUGGCAUUAUUUCUUCACAAACGUUGGCAUAUCUUUUGAAAUAAUGUCCGAGUUUGGGUACACUACAGUAUAUGGAACUCAAUUCCUUGUGAAUGUGGAAUUCGUACUUUUCUUGAAAAAUUAAAUAUGUUGAUAAUGCAGUUUAUCCAUAAUAUUAUUUACUGACAGUGGAAAAAGUAGUCAGAUGGCAUACCUGGGCCCAAAUAAAUCAAACUUAUUCAUUAAUAUCCAGAAACAAGAUAGAGGGACACUUAGCCUGAUAUUUGAGUCAAGGGAAUCAUCUGCAUGUAUAGACUUCUCUUUUGUUGCAACACAAUCUUUUUCUCAGUGUGUUUACUCAGUUCAGUAUUUUAUCAUGGUAGAAAGUUCAGCUGAAGCAACGUGUCUGAAUGCUUAAUCCCAUAGCAGUAUGAAAAUAAAAUUUUAGUCCAGUGUUAAUAUUCACAGAUUAACAAGGAGUUCAAGAACUUGAUUUUGGUUGACCCCUGGAAACGUGAUAAAUUCCCAUGUGUAUGUGUACUUGGAACAGUGCUCUUAAUUUUAUUUACACUGAUGAAUGAUUUGUUUCUCCUUCCUUACUUUAACACUAUGUAUUUUAUGAAUUCUACAUAGAGAACCAGACUUGUAUUUCACUUCACCAACAACAGUUGUUUCACAUCCUUACCCACCCAGCAUCAAGCAUGAUGAUGAGUGAUUGUGUUCAACAGUUGUGAAUUUUUUUGUGCAUUGAAGAAUGAUUUUGACACUGGUUAACUUUUUUGAUGUUCAAGGCCUGUAUGGUACAGUAUGGGAAUUAUUUCUGUUACCAGGGAUUUGAGAGUUUUGUGUUUUUUUAUUGUUAACUGUCAUGUCAAAUAAUGUUUAAUAAGUGGGCCUGCCCCAAAGCUCUUACUGUGUGAUUAAUAAUAGAGUUUCACCCAGACUAUUCAUUUGGUUUUUGACAUGGCAAUAUAGACAUGCUUCUCACUGCCUAACUGUUUAAUAUUUGAGCGCAAUUUACAUAAAGAAUGAAUGUGUAAGCAUUAAGCACCUUCCAGUUAUCACUUUUAUUGCUCGAACUGUUUGUAUUUUUGUUUUUCUAAAAUUGUUUGUUACAUGGAGUAUGUUAUUCCAAGCGGAUGUCAGUUACAAAUGUAUAUUUUUGUAUCCUGUGCUUUAUUAUUUCAAAAUCGACAAAAGAACAGUGUUGCAUUCAUUGUAUUAGGAAUGAUUAAAAUGUCUUUUGACUCGCUGCCAGAGUACCAGCUUGCAACUAAUGGAAACUAGCUCACCACAGAAGGUGCCAAGAUACAGUGUCAUGAAAUAUCGGGCUAACAGUGUAAAAAAAAUUACAGCUUAAGUGACAUUUAUGGAACGAAUACUUGAAUUUUUGUAUCCAGUGACAAUGUAAAAACAAAAUGGGUUUUCAAAGUCAGAAUCUUGCUCUGUCGGAUCUUUGAGGUCCAGUUCUUACACGAUAUGUUCAUUUAAGCCCAGUUUACUUCCUUUUUUUUUUCAAAGUACUCAAAUGUUUUGCGCAUGCCUGAAGGAAUAAUCAACAUCUACAUUGGUCUGACAACAUGUAGAUGUAAAUUGGAUCUUCUAUUAUCAGCAUUUGUGUUAGUAUCUACAUGUACCCCAAAGGACUUCUCUGAAUCUUUCGUUCCUUUUGAUGCUCCCUAGUGAAUUCAUCCAAGUGUAGGCUUCAUGGAUCUUCUGUAUUCAUGAUGAACCAAAUUAAUAAAAUUGGUCAUCUGCUGACAAACCAGA